UACUGCAUAUUGAUAUCGUCUCCUAUGGCCCGAUACAUUUUUUGACAAUCAUCGAUGCCUUCAGUAAGUUUUUGGUAUGGGAAAAUCUUCCCUCUAUGGCGUCGUACUGGGUGGCUUCGAUGUUGAUGCGGUGCUUUAUUGAAUUGGGACCUCCUGGGACAAUUAUGGCCGAUAAUGCGAGGAAUCUCAGUGGCCCAGAGGUCAGGAAGACCUUACAAGAUUUUGGAGUGACAUUGAGGAGAAGUUCGGAGUACUAUCCAAAGGGUAACUCCAUAGCUGAACGGGUUCAUCGCACCUUGCAUCAGCUGGCAAGAGCGUUUUCUUUAAGGACGCCUACUGAUAUCCGUCGUGAAGCAGCUAAACUAGUCUAUGUGUAUAAUAGCCGCCCCCAUAAAGCAUUGGGUAACCACAGUCCAUUUAUGGUGUUGUUUGGGCGUGAUCCCUAUAUCAUUGAGUCGGAUCGGUAUGAUCUACGCGAAUUAUAUUCUUUAUGGGAUGCAGUGCGUACCCAACAAGCAUGGCAGCAUCGGAACAAUAAGAUCUAUUAUGAUCGACGUAAUCGGGAUCAGGAGAGGAGUGGUGAAGAUUACGGUGAAGGUU